AUGGAGUCCAAGAAUGGGUUACAUUUCAAAAGCAACGAAGAUAUUCAGGCAAAACUAGACAAAAAACUAGGCCCAGAAUAUAUAUCUAAAAGGGUCGGGUUUGGUAGUAGUAGAGUUGCAUACAUUGAAGGGUGGAAAGUUAUAAAUCUUGCUAACCAGAUAUUUGGAUUUAAUGGUUGGUCUACAGAAGUAAAGAGUGUAAUGGUUGAUUUCUUGGAUGAGAAACAGGGGAGGUUUUGUAUCGGUUGUACUGCAAUAGUGCGUGUUACGUUGGAUAAUGGUACAUAUAGAGAAGAUAUUGGAUAUGGUACUGUGGAAAAUGAACGUCGUAAAUCAGCUGCAUUUGAAAGAGCUAAAAAAUCUGCUGUUACCGAUGCCUUGAAAAGAUCUCUAAGAGGGUUUGGUAAUGCACUAGGUAAUUGUCUCUACGAUAAGGAGUUUCUCUCGAGAAUCGAUAAGGUAAAAUUUGAUCCACCAGACUUUGAUGAAGGUAAUCUUUUCAGACCUUCAGAUGAGAUUAGUGAAGCCACUAGAGCUAAUACUACAGAAGAUUCAGGUCCGCCAAGCAAAAGGCGGCAACUCACAAAUAUCAAAUCUGAACAUACAGCAGCACAACCAAGACUACCAGCACAUACAGCUGUAUCUAAUAACAAUAAUACUAAUAGUCCCACAAAUGCUGAUCCAGAUCAGGAUGAUUUACUCGAUGAUUCUCUGAUGUUUAGUGACGAUUUCCAAGAUGAUGAUUUAAUAAGGAUGGGUGAAAAACCAGAACUGCCGCUUCAAGAUCAUCGACCGGGACCCAGAGCAAUAGGACAACCACCACAACAAAAACCACCUUCUGCGGGUCCUUCUGAUCCAGUAACUUUUGUCAACGCCAGAGGAGCCAAAUCUUUACAGGACAAGAUACCCAUUACGGAAGAAAAUGUUUUCGAUCCAAAGUACAACGCUCAAUCUGUUAGGCAUAAGAUUGAUCAAACUACGUCUAAACAUGUCCCAAUAAGUGUCUUAAAGGAAAAAGGUAUAGAAUCAUCAAGAGAUACUAUUUAUCAAAAUUUUGCUCCCAAGGGCAAACAAUUGGACGUAAAAGCAGAUACUAACACUACACCAACAGAGGCUAAUGAUACCAGCUCUAGCAGUAACAACAGAUUCGCUCCUCCAACAGCAGUAGUCCAUCCCAACUCAUCUUCAUUCAUUACACAACAACAACCAAGGGCCGUUCCCGUACGCAGAGAAGUUGGCAGACCAAAGGUAAAUCCAUUGAAUCUGCGAAAGACUAACCCAUAG